GCGAUGGUGAAGAGUUUGGUGGUCGCCCUGCUGUUGGCUGUUUCAGGAUCCGUGGCGCAGUAUCCGCGGUACGAAGAGGUUGUGCGUGACCCCAAGGACCCCGACCUACUCUACGGCUCCAAGUCAGGACCUCACAACGAGACAUGGUACUUCAAGAAUUCUGGAUUCAAUCUGACGUCCAUCGUCAUUCCGUCGCAAGUCAACGUCUGCAGCCCAGGCACAACGGCCAAUGUAACGUACGAGGAAGCGAUUGACCUUUUCCUGUACGAGACGGCUCUCGACAGCACUGCGUCCAAGGUGCGGACGUACUUGAAAGCGUCCGGCUCCUUCAGUGGCAUUGUCAGCUACGGGCAGGAGUUGGACAUCCCGCUAUGGAAUGCAACGAUCAACGGGGCACCGCUUAUCCACGCUUACCGCUCCGACGUCGUCGGUUUCACGUACACUCUCAAAAUCGUGUUCAAGACGUCCGGCAUCUACCCGUGGUACACAACAAGGAUCCUCUCCACCUUUUCCCCCAUCCAUACAUUGACGAACGGAGUUGGAAUUGCAAUCGGACUGUCGUACAUUAUUCCUUAAAGAGUUUAUGCCACAUCAGCCGACCACCGUUGUUAGAAAGGAGACUCUUCUCUCGUGGUGGCUUGUAGACUUCGUCUUUUGUGCUGUUGCUGUGGUUCAUGCUUCAGACAAUAUGGCAGAUGACUAGCUGCUCAUAGAAAACGGCCGUAAAACGUUUGCUGUCUAGGUUUGCAUCUCAGGUAAAAUUUAUCAGAAAUAUUUGCUAAGACAAUGACACUAAGAUGCGGACACAAAAAAAGCAAACAUUUUUUCGACCGUUUUCUGUGAGCAGUGAGUCAGCUGACCGUAUAGUUUCAAGUGGGAACUUCAAAGUGAAUUCAUUUUGAAUAUGAAGCUAUGUUGUUAGAUUCAUCGCUAGUUAUAUUACGUAUUGCACUUGUAAGUAGGCUGUUUAUAUUUUCUUAUUGGCAACAUUACGUAGCGCUCUGUAUGAAAAUCACUGGCUGUGCUGUGUGCAGUCUGUGGCUAGUUAGCAUUGUUGUCUGCCAUUGUAGUGUUGGGCAGCUGGAUGUGAACAGCGCGUAGCGUUGCGCAGUUGGAGGUGAGCCGCCAGCAGUGGUGGAUGUGGGGAGAGAGAUGGCGAAGUUUUGAAAUUUGUAAUGCUGGAUAUUAUGAACUACUAUGUAUAUUAUGAUUUUUCAACA